CGGCUGCCCGGGACCCGCAGUUGAGUGGUGAUUUUAUGCAAUGGCUUCAAGCCACAGUUCUUCACCAGUGCCUCAAGGAAGCAGCAGUGAUGUUUUCUUUAUAAAAGAGGUAGAUUCGACAAAACACAUUCGACCUGUGCAGUCACUGCCAGAUGUGUGUCCCAAGGAACCCACAGGUGAUUCAAAUAGUUUAUGUGUUGCCCCAUCUCUAGUUACAGAUCAACAUAGAUGGACUAUAUAUCAUUCCAAAGUAAAUCUCCCAGCAGCAUUAAAUGAUCCUAGAUUAGCAAAACGAGAAUCUGACUUCUUCACAAAAACAUGGGGAUUGGACUUUGUGGACACUGAAGUCAUACCUUCAUUCUACCUCCCACAGAUCAGCAAGGAACAUUUUAUAAUAUAUCAACAGGAAAUCUCUCAGAGAGAGAAGAUUCAUGAGAGAUGCAAGAAUAUUUGUCCUCCUAAAGAUACCUUUGACAGGACUCUCUUACAUACUCAUGAUAAAUCCAGGACAGAUCUGGAGCAAGUACCUAAGAUUUUUAUGAAACCAGAUUUUGCCUUGGAUGAUUCCUUAACUUUUAAUUCAGUUUUACCAUGGUCUCAUUUUAAUACUGCUGGUGGAAAAGGAAAUCGUGAUGCAGCUUCCUCAAAGUUGCUUCAAGAAAAGCUGAGCCAUUAUCUGGAUAUUGUGGAAGUAAACAUUGCUCAUCAGAUCUCUCUACGUUCAGAAGCAUUUUUCCAUGCAAUGACCUCUCAACAUGAAUUGCAGGACUACCUCAAGAAAACUUCCCAGGCUGUAAAAAUGCUUCGAGAUAAAAUUGCACAGAUUGAUAAAGUAAUGUGUGAAGGAUCACUACACAUUUUAAGACUGGCACUUACCAGAAAUAAUUGUGUUAAAGUAUACAAUAAACUGAAGUUAAUGGCCACUGUACACCAGACUCAGCCUACAGUACAGGUGUUAUUAUCUACUUCUGAAUUUGUUGGAGCAUUGGACUUGAUAGCAACAACCCAAGAGGUUCUACAGCAGGAACUUCAGGGCAUUCACAGUUUCCGGCAUUUGGGAUCACAGCUUUGUGAAUUAGAAAAACUGAUUGAUAAAAUGAUGAUUGCAGAAUUUUCUACUUAUUCUCACAGUGACUUAAGUAGGCCACUGGAAGAUGAUUGUCAAGUUUUAGAAGAGGAAAGACUAGUAUCUCUUGUAUUUGGACUUUUAAAACAAAGAAAACUUAAUUUUUUAGAAAUUUAUGGUGAAGAAAUGAUUAUUACAGCAAAGAAUAUUAUUAAACAGUGUGUGAUUAAUAAAGUUUCACAAAUAGAAGAAAUAGACACAGAUGUUGUUUUGAAGCUUGCAGAUCAGAUGAGAAUGUUGAAUUUUCCCCAGUGGUUUGAUCUGCUGAAAGAUAUUUUCUCUAAGUUUACAAUUUUCUUACAGAGAGUUAAGGCAACGCUAAGUAUCAUUCACAGUGUUGUUCUCUCAGUUCUUGACAAAAACCAAAGAACUAGAGAAUUAGAGGAGAUUUCACAACAGAAAAAUGCUGCAAAAGAUAAUUCACUGGACACAGAGGUGGCUUAUUUAAUCCAUGAAGGGAUGUUUAUUAGUGAUGCAUUCAGUGAGGGUGAAUUAACACCUGUAGCAGUUGACACUACCUCUCAAAGAAAUGCAUCUCCAAACAGUGAGCCCUGCAGCAGUGAUUCAGUAUCUGAACCAGAAUGUACUACUGAUUCUUCAUCCAGCAAAGAGCAGACAUCAUCAUCUGCUACUCCAGGAGGUGUGGAUAUUAUGGUCAGUGAAGACAUGAAAUUAACUGACUUAGAGUUAGGAAAGCUGGCAGUUAAUAUCCAGGAGUUAUUGUGUAGUGCGUCAGAUAUAUGCCAUGAUCGAGCUGUCAAAUUUCUCAUGUCAAGAGCAAAGGAUGGUUUUCUUGAAAAGUUAAAUUCCAUGGAAUUCAUAACACUUUCCAGAUUAAUGGAAACAUUCAUUUUAGACACUGAACAGAUCUGUGGAAGAAAAAGCAUGUCAUUACUUGGAGCACUUCAGAGCCAAGCUAAUAAAUUUGUAAAUAGAUUUCAUGAAGAGAGAAAAACCAAGCUCAGCCUUCUCUUAGACAAUGAGCGCUGGAAGCAAGCUGAUGUUCCUGCAGAAUUUCAGGAUCUUGUUGAUUCUAUAUCAGAUGGAAAGAUUGCUUUACCUGAAAAAAAAUCAGGGGCUACAGAAGAAAGGAAACCAGCUGAAGUUCUCAUUGUUGAGGGACAACAGUAUGCUGUUGUUGGAACCGUAUUACUGUUAAUAAGAAUUAUCCUUGAAUAUUGCCAGUGUGUGGAUAACAUCCCAUCUGUUACUACUGACAUGCUUACUCGUCUGUCAGAUUUAUUGAAGUACUUCAAUUCAAGAAGUUGCCAGUUGGUUCUUGGAGCUGGGGCGCUGCAAGUUGUUGGACUAAAAACGAUAACCACAAAAAAUUUGGCUCUUUCUUCACGUUGUUUGCAGUUAAUUGUGCACUACAUUCCUGUGAUCCGGGCUCAUUUUGAAGCUCGACUACCAUCUAAGCAAUAUAGCAUGCUUAAGCAUUUUGAUCAUAUCACUAAGGACUACCAUGACCACAUAGCUGAAAUAUCUGCUAAGCUUGUAGCGAUAAUGGAUAGCCUAUUUGACAAGCUAUUAUCUAAGGUUAGCCGCCCAAAAAGCGGCCGACUUCCUUGCAACUACCUCCAAACAUGGAAAAACCGAUUGCAAGACCAGAUCGCCCUCUGCAGGGCACAAAAGGACAUGAGGGGUGUCAACUGUAUGAUGGAGAAGAAAGUGAUCACCCCCUUUCUGCUCCUGCACUGCCAUGGACAUUGA